GAGGCGGGUUUCGACCGCCAUGUCGCGGAGGCUGCCGCCCCGGGCGGAGAAGCGGCGGCGGCGGCAGGAGCAGAGGCAGCAGCUGGAGGACCAGCAGCGCCGGGCGGGAGCGAUGGUGAAGAUGGCGGCAGCGGGAGGCGGCGGCGGCGGGCGCUACUACGGCGGCGGCGGCGAGGGCGGCCGGGCCCCGAAGCGGCUGAAGACGGAUAACGCGGGGGAGCAGCACGGCGGGGGAGGAGGAGGAGCCGGGGCGGCCGGAGGAGGCGGCGGGGAGAACUACGACGAUCCUCACAAGACCCCCGCCUCUCCAGUGGUGCACAUAAGGGGGUUGAUCGACGGGGUGGUGGAAGCCGAUCUGGUGGAAGCCUUGCAGGAGUUCGGGCCCAUCAGCUACGUGGUGGUCAUGCCCAAAAAGAGACAGGCGCUGGUGGAGUUUGAGGACAUCCUCGGGGCCUGCAACGCGGUCAACUACGCAGCCGAUAAUCAGAUCUACAUCGCCGGCCACCCGGCCUUUGUCAACUACUCCACCAGUCAGAAGAUCUCGCGGCCCGGGGACACCGACGAUUCCAGAAGCGUCAACAGCGUCCUGCUGUUCACCAUCUUGAAUCCCAUCUAUUCCAUCACCACGGAUGUCCUCUACACAAUCUGCAACCCCUGUGGUCCCGUCCAGAGGAUUGUCAUCUUCAGAAAGAACGGCGUCCAGGCCAUGGUCGAAUUUGACUCUGUGCAGAGCGCACAGAGGGCGAAGGCCUCCCUGAACGGGGCCGAUAUCUAUUCUGGCUGUUGCACCCUGAAGAUCGAAUAUGCCAAGCCCACCCGCCUGAACGUGUUCAAGAACGAUCAGGACACCUGGGACUACACGAACCCCAACCUCAGCGGCCAAGGCGACCCCGGCAGCAACCCAAACAAACGGCAGAGGCAGCCUCCUCUCCUGGGAGACCACCCGGCGGAAUAUGGUGAGGGCCGGGGGUUCCCCUCCGUGGACUCCCGUGGCUCGUGCAACCCCGCCCGUCGUCCGCCAGGCCGAUUCUCACCCGUGCCCCCUCUCUUUCCUUCCCACCCCCCAGGAGGGCCUCACGGUGGGUACCACAGCCAUUACCACGAUGAGGGCUAUGGCCCCCCCCCGCCUCACUACGAAGGGAGAAGGAUGGGCCCGCCCGUGGGGGGGCACCGCAGGGGACCGAGCCGCUAUGGCCCUCAAUAUGGCCACCCCCCGCCCCCUCCCCCACCUCCCGAGUACGGCCCCCACGCCGACAGCCCCGUGCUCAUGGUGUACGGCCUGGACCAGUCCAAGAUGAACUGUGACCGGGUCUUCAACGUCUUCUGCCUCUACGGCAACGUGGAGAAGGUGAAAUUUAUGAAGAGCAAGCCGGGGGCGGCCAUGGUAGAAAUGGCCGAUGGCUACGCCGUGGACCGAGCCAUCACUCACCUCAACAACAACUUCAUGUUCGGGCAGAAGCUGAACGUGUGCGUUUCCAAGCAACAGGCCAUCAUGCCCGGCCAGUCCUACGGCCUGGAGGACGGCUCGUGCAGCUACAAGGACUUCAGCGGCUCUCGGAACAAUAGGUUCUCGACUCCGGAGCAGGCGGCCAAGAACCGGAUCCAACACCCGAGCAACGUGCUCCACUUCUUCAAUGCUCCGCUGGAGGUGACGGAGGACAACUUCUUCGAGAUCUGCGAUGAACUGGGGGUGAAGAGGCCGGCGUCGGUGAAGGUGUUUUCGGGGAAAAGUGAACGGAGCUCCUCGGGCCUGCUGGAGUGGGAGUCCAAGAGCGACGCCCUGGAGACUCUGGGCUUCCUGAACCAUUACCAGAUGAAAAACCCGAAUGGGCCGUACCCGUACACGCUGAAGCUGUGUUUCUCCACCGCCCAGCACGCCUCGUAAUGGGCUGCCCGGACCCGGGUUGCCAGCAGGAAGGCCCUUUUCCUUUUCUUUUGGCCAUUUUUGCAGAAGUUCUUGUAUCCCUUUUUUUUAACGCUAGUUUAGUAGAAGCUUCACCAUAAUGGAACCCUUUGAGUCUGGAGGGGGGCGGGGAGGGGAGGAGUCACCAUCUCCACUUCCACUUUUUAAAGAAAUUAUUGUACAUGUGAUUUUUGGGUUUUUUUUGUUUUUCCUUCCCACCCUUGUUCAUACCUUUUGUGCUGCCUUGUGCUCCCGGCACAUUUCAAUACAACUGUUUGGAAAAUAAACAUAGUACCUACGUGC